CGGGCGGCUCGGCGCGGCGGAGCUCGGCGGCCGUCGGCGGAGCCAUGCCGGCCUCCAGCACACCCGGGCGGGACGCGCCGCGCACCUCCGCGCUAGGGCGGGACAGCGGCGGCCCCCGCGGAUACACAGGGCAGUGCAGCCGCCUCCUCUCGCCGCAGCUCGGCUCGCUGCAGGUCCUUCAGGGCAACGGCACCGAGGUGGGCACAGUGGUCACCUUCCAGUGCUCCGCUGAGCACCAGCUGGAGGGAGCGGCCUUCGUCACCUGCAUUUGGGAAGGGAACAGCACGCAGUGGACAGCCGGAGUGCCCUCCUGCAAGCCCAUAUCAAAAUACGAGACUUUUGGCUUUAAGGUCGCCGUGAUUACCUCCAUUGUGAGCUGUGCUGUCAUUCUGCUGAUGUCCAUGGCUUUCUUAACUUGCUGUCUGAUCAAGUGUGCGAAGAACAGUGAGAGGAGAAGAACUCAAAGAGAAAUGCAGCUGUGGUACCAGCUGAGGACUGAAGAACUAGAGCACAUGCAAGCUGCUUACUUUGGUUUUAAGGGAAGGAACAAUAACAACAACAAUAAGAAACUCAGGAAUACAUCUGUAUUUGGUGACAUGACUAACAUGGCAUAUGAUAACCAAGGCUUCUACAGGUCCCAGGAAGAGUGGACUCCGGAUGUCGUCAUUCCUGGGUGUUGCAAAGACAGCAGUCACCUGCUGAAGGUAGCCAAGAACAGUGGUGCACCUGGGGCACACACGGUACUGAGACAAAACGCUGCACUGCAGACAGUGAACUUCAUACACGUUGUUGAAGUCUACAGUCAUAAGGAUAGUUACAACAAACCAACCUGCCAGAUACCUGGAUAGCUGGUGUCUGAAAUGCAAAUGCUUCUCUGGACCAAAAUGAAAUGUUGAUAGAAAUAUGUGCCUUAAAGACAACACAGAAAGUUCAUUAUUCAUAUGAACUGUAAGUUUUCUAUAUUCCAAGAUGGUUAUUUAAGAGAAAUGCUUCCUCAAGGGCGGAUACAAAUAAAGACAUGAAUAUUGGGGCUGUCAGUCCAGAGCUGUUCCCUGCGGUGUGCUGUGCAGUGUGACCGUAGCAAAAGCAUAAUGCCCUUCUGCACAGCUAGAGAGGUGGUACCCAGUUUGCAUAUUUGCCUCAUAUGAAGUUGCUGAUAAUAACUACACACCCCUCAGAUUCCAAUCUUCUCUGAAUCAGUGGGUUUUGUAAGAAUUUCAGAAAGAAAAGUCCCCCAUAUUUUUACAAAGUAGCAUGAUAGAACUGCAAAAAAAAUUGGUUUUAAUUAAAUGCCCCAUUGUUUUGUAUCAGAAAGGUCUUUAAUUCAUCUGCUCUGUGUUUAGAGACCAUGUAAGACUGGGUGCAGCAGAGGCCCAUCUGCUGGCUGCAGGUCUGCCAGCCUGUGGGACAGGAGAUGGAACAUGGAGGGAUGUGGUGUCAUGCUGUGACACUCCUUGGGGCCCCCACCAGUGACCUCCUGUAGCUUCUACUGGAGUCCCAGUGGCAGAGCAGUUGGUGUGCAGGUGGGGACAGCAGUGCAGCCUUCCUGGAGCAGCCAGCUCAGGAUCACUGCAGCAUCAUCCAUAUGAGACCUCUCUAAAUAAAGGGCUGAGGUAGCUUUUGAAAGCCUGCCUUCAUUUCCUGUUGUUAAUAUGUACAUCAUGUGAGGAAACAAGGUGGGGUUUUUUCUUGUUUUGUCCUUUUUGAAUAGUUAAGUAACACAUACUGUGCUUUUUCUCCUCUUACAUGCAAAUAGAAGUAUAUACUACUUAUAGUUAUUUUUGUUCCGGUUGAAGACUUACUUAAUACUGUCAUCAGCUGUCUGUUUAAUGGGUAUCAUCACAUCUCUCUCAUGGGUAGAAACAUGACCUUAUAGCAGGCUGCAGUAAUUGUUUUAUGAUAUAUUCCUGUGGUAUGAAUCAGGUAUCGUCUCACAACCUGCAGUUCUGAAGCUUCAGUUUUGGAAUUCAAAUUACUGUAGCUUGCUGGCAAAUGCCCUCUUCUAUCCUAGCCAUACUCUCCAGAGAUAAAAAACGCGUGCUUGAAAUUCAAUAAGAUGGAAGUUGCAGAAAAAGAGCUUUUUUUCUUGUUUCUAAUAAGCUCAUUUCUACUGUGUGUUAUACCAAGGUGCAUCCUGCAACACACUUAUCACUAUGCACUGCAAAAAGGAGAAUGGAUGUACUUCCCAUCAUUCCACCCCAUUAAGUUCUUAAUUCAUCCAAUUAGUACUAGCUAGUGUUUAUCACUAUAUAGUUGUGCUGUGAACUAUUCUGCCUGCAGUUUUCAGUUGCCUGUCAGACCCAGACAGCUUCUCUACCCAGCAGUGUGAGCAGCAGGUCAAGGGAGAUGGUUCUGUUCUUCUGCUCUGUUCUGGUAGGAUCUUAUCAAAAGCUCUGUGUCCAGCUCUGGGGCUCCAGAACAGGAAGGACAUGGAGCUGUUGGAGAGAGUCCAGAGGAGGCCCUGGAGCUGCUCCAAGGGCUGGAGCCCCUCUGCUCUGGAGCCAGGCUGGGAGAGCUGAGGGUGCUCACCUGAAGAAAAGAAGGCUCCAGGGACACCUCAGAGCCUCUUCCAGGGUCUAAAGGGGCUCCAGGAGAGCUGGACAAGGACUGGGGACAAGGUGGAAUGGUUCCCCACUGCCAGAAGGUUAGAUGAGAUACAGGAAAGAAAUUCUUGUCUGUGAGGGUGGUGAGGGCCUGGCCCUUAGAAAAUGGAAAAGGGCAAAUUUAGCUUUAAUAAGGGGAGAGAAGAGAACCUCAAAAGUACUGGAAUGGAAGGGUUUCUCUGAUCCCCUGAAGUGUAGAACAAAUGGUUAAACAAGUCCUUCACAAAGAAGAUACAUCUCAGCCUAGGAUUAAAAAGAGUUGUAGGCAUGGGAGGGAGGUGUUCUGUCCUACUGGCAAUAUUAUGCUUAAGGUACACAUGUAAAGGGUGGCCAAGAUAUCCUUGAUCCUGCCUCUCUGUAGCUUUUUUGAAUUUCCUUCCUCUUCCCAUCACUAUGAUUAUGCUCACAGAAUUCCAUUAUUUAGUUCCCUGGUGUUUUAAUUUUAUUAUGUGGCUUUAAAAUGCAAUAAUAUAACUGCAAGUGAAAUAAAUUCCCUGUUGGGAUGUUUGGGUCAACACUUCGUAUGAGCAGACAGCCUGGCUCCUGUUCUGCAUGAGGAGAAUCUGAGUAAUGUUGGAUGGGACAAAAAAUGCACCCUUGAGCUGCCAGUGAUGCUGGCAGCCAUGGGAAGCACACCAGAAGGCAGGUAAAUUCACUGUCCCUGUGCCAGAGCUAAAUGACUAUCAUUUAUUUGGGCAGCUAACGCAAGAGGCAGCAAAGUUACACCAAGAUAAGGAAGCAACACCCCAACUGUUUGUGAAAGAUUUGUGGCUUGGCUCCCUCUGGGACUGUGCUUACUUCUGAUGGCUGCACCCCCUGGAGUUAGCUUUAUUGCUCGUGCUAACAUAAUUUAUUGUCAGAAGGGAAGUAAGUGCUGUGCAGGAAGGAGAUGAAAACAGCUGAGACUCUAAAACAGACAUCUAAAACCUUGUAACCCUUAAAUGUUUGCUGGCCAGUGAUUCCAGCUGGAUUCAAGCUCCUAUUUCUGCUACAGAACACUUGCAUUUCCUUGUGCAUUUUGUAAAGCUGAUGACUUGCACACUGCUCUCAGAAGUCUUUCCCACAGGACAUAUGCUGUAUCUAUGAGCUGGAGUCUGCAGUGGCCUCUAACCUGUUGCAGCACGGGCAGAUGGUUGGUUGCUGAAACCUUCCUGAAGUGUCCCCACGAGGAGAACGCUCCACCAAGCACACAGCAAAUACUACACUCACAUGCAGCAGGUGCUUAUGUGAGACAGCAGAGGCAGGAAGCAUCUUUGUAUAGAUUUCCAGUGGUAGCUUAUUUCACCUACACUCUGAAAGGGUCCAGGGACAAAGGGACAGGUAGAGGGUCCAGGACUAUAUACUGGUACAAAGGGGCAGAGCCAACAGCAACAACCAACCUGAAGAUGUGAGCAGGAAAAGGAUUACAGUGACCAAAAGGGAAACACAAUGGUAAAGAGGGGUACAGACCAACGAGGUACAAAGAAACUGCCAGAACCUUGACCAUAAAUGGUUAACAGGCGGUUGAACAGCCAAUGGGCCAACAGGGAGCGUGGCACUGUGGUUGACUGACAGCAUGUCACAGUACAUGGGAGAGGUUGAAGGCCAGUGGACAUUCUUACAGGGCAUAGCUCCAGGAAGUCCCCUAGCAGGCCCACAGGCCUCCACAACUCCCCUUUCUUUUUUAUAAAAAAAGGCCUCUCCUAUGGAUUUCUGUAAACAUUUAAAUAAACAGAAAAACAUAAACAAGACUAUGAAUACAACAACUAAAAUCCCCAAAAUCCCUUUUACAAAAGAUAAAGCCAUCCACCCAUCUGAGCGGACCGUCGCACCCCAGCAACUCUCUAUCAAGGAUGACCCAAGAACUCUAAGGGACCUACACUAACCCAUGACCAGGGCGUUACUUCACACAGGCUGCAAACCAUCCUCUCAUUCAUUCCUGGCUGUGGGGGUCAUGUGAGGCCCAGAACUGGCACAGGGAUGACUUCCAUGUGAGGACAUACACCUGAAGUGGCUUUGUUCCCUUCCCAUAGCUCUGCAGAAUGUCAGUUUGCCAUAUCUGUCAACUGUUUAUUUACAAACCUGUUUUAAGGGGAGGAUGCUCUAACAGCUUUAUUUGCUUCCUAUCUUCAAAGAAUUCAAUUGUUUGUUUUUUUUAAAAAUAAUUAGCUGAGUAUUCUUUUCAUGGGUACAAUUUGAUUUGUGCUUUAGAUAAAGAGCCAAGUGCAGUAUUGAA